UCAAGUAUUUUCACCAUGGCGACUGAGACUGCGAGGACUACAUUCAAUCGGAGGCCUGAAAGAUUUGUCUAUACUAGACCUGGACGAGUAUACACAAGUCGUAAAAAGGGCAUCGUCUGUUCGUUUUGGUUGGCUGGAAGGUGCACGAGAAACCCCUGUAACUUCGUUCAUGGAGAAUUGCCCCCGCAUGGCCCGCACUCUUCCGUUCAUGGCAGAACCAAACAGCAGCCGGACCGGCCAAGGAAGAUUAAUACCAAUUAUGAUUACUCAAAAACCUCAUCACUUCCAAGCACGGCGCCUACUGGUAGUUGCUCUGAACAAAAGGCCCCAAAUAGGGUUUGCGGAAAUUCGGUCUACGGGGAAAGUGCGAAAGGAGAUAGAUGCCAGGACUUGCGUUCAUGUUCUUACGGUGACGGGUUCUCAAUAUUGGCGAAGCUUGAAGGGCACAAAAGGCCCAUCUCUGGGAUUGCGCUUCUAGCUGAAUCUGACAAGCUCUGUUCAGGCAGCAUAGAUGGAAUAGUGAAGGUUUGGGAUUGCAGUACUGGCCAGUGCGUGAAAUUAGUGAAUCUUGGGAGUGAAAUUGGGUCUUUAAUUAGUGAAGGUCCAUGGGUUUUUCUGGGUUUGCCGAACGUUGUUAAGGCCUGCAACAUUCAGACUUGUGUGGACUACAGCCUCGAAGGACCAGUUGGGCAGGUCCAUGCCAUGGUUGUUGGGAAUGAUGUUCUUUUUGCUGGUUCACAAGAUGGUACUAUUACAGCAUGGAAGGGUAGUUCUGCAACUGAUCCUCCCUUUCAGAUUUCUGCUUCUCUGCAAGGUCAUACUUCUGCUGUGACAUGUCUGACUGUUGGAGUAAAGGGGCUCUACUCGGGAUCGUUGGACGGAACAAUCAAGGCAUGGGAUCUGAUCACAUUACAGUGUACACAUACAUUACACAGGCACAAUGCUGCUGUAAUGUCACUCCUUUGUUGGGAUCAAUUCCUGCUGUCUUGCUCAUUGGAUCAGAAGAUACAUGUUUGGUUUGCUACUGAAGAUGGCAACUUGGAGGUGACUUACACCCAUGACGUGGAACAUGGUGCGCUUGCUCUUUGUGGGGUGAGUGAUGCAGAAGGUAAACCAAUUUUAUUAUGCUCCUGCGACGACAAAAUUGUUCGAUGCUAUGAAUUACCUUCGUUUAUGGAGAAGGACAAGAUAUUCUCCGGCGGGGAAGUACAAGCAAUUGACCUUGGUCCAGAGGGUCUGUUCUUUACUGGCGAUACAUCAGGCGGUUUGACAGUUUGGAAGUUGAAUGAACCGAUGAAAUCCUGAAUUGUAAUUCUAACACUGCCUAAGAUGGCAAAGAAAAUAUGUAUCACUCAUUGUAAUUGUAUAUUAUUGACAAUGGAAUACAACGUACGUUUACGAUGCA